AUGGACUAUGAAUUCAGCGGAGCUACGCCUGCCACACUGGCAGAGUUCAAUCUCGCUGGCGGAGUCGACAUGAUGCAAACCUUUUACGACAUUUCGCUCGUUGACGGCUACAAUCUACCCAUGGGCAUCAACUACAUUCCCGCCAAAAACACCACCUUUAUCCCGCCGAAUCUCACAAACUGCGCUUGCAUCGCCACUACUGGCUGGGUAUUCUCGUCGACGGGCACCGGCACGGGCAUCUUCUACUCCAACUGUCCAUGGCUGAAUCUUGCUUUCCCUCCGACUCAUCCCGGAAACGGCAUCUACCCCUAUCCUGAUGACAACGUUGAGCGGCCUGCCUUUGCUCCAUGCAACAGCGCCUGUGCGGCUACAGGAACAGACAAGGAUUGCUGUAUCGGCAAAUACCACGACCCCAACAUUUGCAAGCCGUCGCAGUAUAGCAAAUCGGUCAAGGCCGUAUGCCCUGAUGCCUACAGUUUCGCCUUUGAUGAUCAGCAGUCGACGUUUAUCAUUCCCAAGGGUGGAGGCUGGGAAGUUGUCAUGUGUCCCGAGGGGCGGUCGACUGAUAUUCUCCGCAAGCUGGGAUCUGAAAUGUUUGAGCUGGCGAGUGGUGGUAGAUUGUCAACGCAUUCUCUCAAGAGGCUGAGAAACGCGACGUAUGUCAGGGAAGAGCGGACGUCCGCGGCGAGUGCAGCAAGAUUGUCGAUUGUAAUGCUGUUUGUCUUUGCAGCUGCCACUUGCAUUAUGAUAAGAGCUUAA